AUGACAGAUUCAAUGUCUCAUCUCGCUUCCGCCUCAGUCCCGUUAAACUCCAAAACCUGCCUCGUUACAGGCGGAGCUGGGGGGCUGGGCAAGUAUCUUGCCAGAGGGUUCCUUCAAGCUGGCGCCACUGUCGUUAUAUGCGACAGAAACAAGGAAGCGCUGGCGCAGACAACUACCGAGCUGUCCAAACUGGGGUCGGUGAUGGGCUUUGCAGCCGACGUAUCAAAGCAAGGAGAUGUCCAACAACUUUUUGACGACAUCACCUCAAAGUUGGGCAGCAUCGACGUGCUGGUCAACAAUGCAGGGAUUACGGACGGCAAUACUCCAGUGGGAGAUUGCGACCCAGAUUGGUGGGACAGGGUUAUCGCAGUCAACUUGACAGGUCCCAUGCUGGUUUCCAGGCUGGCUAUAAAAAGCAUGCUCCAGAAGCCCAGCCCCGGCGGGUGUAUCAUCAACAUUGCAUCGAUAUCAUCGGUUGCCGGGUAUAUGGCGGGGGCUGCGUAUACCGCUAGCAAACAUGGUCUUAUCGGACUUACGAAAAACAUCGCAGGGUUUUAUGGCCGUGACGGCAUCUCGUGUAUUGCGCUGCAAAUGGGUGGCGUCGUGGGAACCGAUAUACAGGCGUCUAUGUGGGGUGAGAUGCACGCUCGGGGCGCACAGCAGGUAAUGGAGAAGGUUGCUAUUUGCAGCAAAACAUAUUGUGACCCGGAGGCUGUGGCCCAGCUCUGCGUUAACAUUGCGCAGGAUGGCCAAAGCCGGCUUCUAAACGGUUCAUGUAUGAGCUCCGACAAUGGUUUUAUGUGCGAGCUGGCAUAG